CUGCCUCCCCGACAGACGACGCAGAGAGGGACAGAGAGAGGAGAAGAAGACGCGGGUAGAAACUCCUCAACGUCUUUUAAACUCUUGUAAACACGAGCAGGACUGGACUCUGGCGCUUUGAAGUGUCCGCCGGAGACUUUACGCGCGGCUUUUGGAGACGUUGACGCGUCGGGCUGCGCGCGUGACGGAGAACCCACCUGUCGGACGAAGGUAGAUCUCGCUCCGUUUCUUCUAGGAUGUGAAUCUCCCUGAUUUAUGUGAAGUAACGGAGCAGACCGAGCGGAGCAGACGGGCAACUCGGGGUCAGAGCUGGCGCUGGUGAAGAACAUGUGCAGCCCUGUGAGGAGCGGGAACACCGCGGCUGUAGAGGACUGAGUCUUUCCAGGGGGAAAAAAACAACUUUUUCCACAGAGUGUUCCACGGCGGGAGGAUGGAUGGAGAACAUUCUGCGCUGUCAGGAGUGGAGAGGGAGAGAGAGAAGCUUCCACCCAUUUACCACAGCUCGCCUCCAGCUGGUUUGGGGCGAGGAGCCAAGCAGCCGUUUCCAUCUCUGGGCACCUUCAUCUCCACACUGAGCCAGCGGAGGGAUGCAGGGGGGCGGGGCUUGGCGGGCACCCUGAGCGGCACCCUGGGGCUCAGGCACGGGAGAGAGCUGCCUCCGAUCUGCAGCGAUGUUCGUCAGAAGCAGCGCCUCUCCAUCGACACUCUGCCUCCAGAGGUCAAAGCUCCGUUCCCCUCUGACCCCAUCAUCCCCCUGCGCACCAAGACCACCAAGGAGUUUCAGGAGGACAUGGAGCGUGCCGUCCAAUCAGGGGACUGGAGGGAGGUCCGAGAGUUUUACCUGACCACUUUCGACUCCUUCAUAGAAAUCAAUGCUGCCUUCAAGCGAGAGGCGAACGGGUCGUUUAACACCAUAGACGACUCGGGAGUCAACGCCAAGUUUGUCAACGCCGUUUACGACGCGCUGCUCAGCACACCUCAGGACAUCCAGAAGUCGGUGUUGAAAGGGAUCAUCAACAGCCUGCUGAGGGAGUGGAAAGGGCCUCGGACGAAGGACGACCUGCGAGCGUAUUUCAUCCUGGUUCAGAACCCCCAGUACUCGAGCACCAGCACUUACGUGAUCUACGCUCACCUGCUGAGGCAGAUCGCAGCUUUGUCCGAGGCCGACCACCACUUCCUGGUUCACUGGCUUAAAAAGCUGUCAGCACGGCGCUUCAGGCAGCUGGUAGAGCGCCUCCUGCAGUUCAUCUCCACCCGUCUGUUUCCUGCAGAACCAGACGAACUUCCUCCUCUCGCCAAGUGCUCCUGGUGGAUUCCCUCCGCCACCAAAGUGCUCAGCCUCUUCAACGCAGCCAACAGCGUCUCCUCUCCUCCCAUCAUGCCUUUCACCGACUUCUACAACAUCACUCUUGAGCACAUCGACUUCAUGGAGGAGUACAGGACCUGGCAGAACUACGGCAACUCAAACAGAUUUUCCUUCUGUCAGUUUCCCUUCAUCCUCUCAACGGUGGUGAAGAAAGCCAUCAUCCAGAAAGACUCCGAGCAGCAGAUGAUCAGUCAGGCCAGGCAAAGCUUGGUCAGUAAAGUUUCUCGCAGGCAGAGAGUGGACAUGAACCUUCUGUUCCUCAACAUCAAAGUACGACGAGCGCAGCUCCUCAGCGACUCACUGGAUGAGCUGACGAGGAAGCGGUGCGACCUGAAGAAGAAGCUGCGGGUGACGUUUGUCGGGGAGGCGGGGCUGGACAUGGGCGGCCUGACGAAGGAGUGGUUCCUGCUGCUGGUGCGACAGAUCUUCCACACAGACUACGGGAUGUUCACCUACAUGAAGGACUCGCGCUGCCAUUGGUUCAGCAGUUGGAAGUGUGACAACUACUCUGAGUUCCAGUUGGUCGGGACUCUGAUGGGCUUAGCAGUUUACAACAGCAUCGCUCUGGACAUCCACUUCCCUCUCUACUGUUACAGGAAACUCCUCACUCCACCCACUGUACCAUGUGACCAGAAUGCCCUUGUUGGCAUGGCAACCGCCACCCUGGACGACCUGCAGCAGAUCAUGCCAGAGCUGGCUCACGGGUUGGGAGAGCUGCUGAGCUACGAGGGGAACGUGGAGGAGGAUUUCUACCUCACCUUCCAGGUGUUCCAGGAGGAGAUGGGCGUCGUCAAAUCCUACAACCUGAAGCCCGGUGGAGACAAAAUUCCUGUCACCAAGCAGAACAGGAAGGAGUACGUCCAGCUCUAUGUCGACUUCCUGCUGAAUAAAUCCAUUUAUAAGCAGUUUUCUGCCUUUUACCACGGCUUCCACAGCGUGUGUGCCUCUGACGCGCUCAUGCUGCUGCGGCCGGAGGAGGUGGAGAUGUUGGUGUGCGGCAGCCCAGAGCUCGACAUGAGCGCCCUGCAGAAAGCCGCUCAGUACGAAGGAUACGGCAAGACUGACUCCACCGUCCGGUGCUUCUGGGACGUGGUGUUGGCCUUCCCCCUGGAGCUGCAGAAGAAGCUCCUCCACUUCGCCACAGGAAGCGACCGCGUCCCCGUCGGAGGAAUGGCCGACCUCAACUUCAAAAUCUCCAAGAUCGACGUUCCGACCGACUGGUUGCCGAUCUCUCACACCUGCUUCAAUCAGAUCUGUCUGCCUCCGUACCGAACCAGGAAGGAGCUCAAACACAAACUCACCAUCGCCAUCUCCAACGCCGAGGGCUUCGGCCUGGAGUGACCGGCCUACACACACACACACACACACACACAC